UUAGAAGUUACAACUACCUGGGCUCAUCUCCUGUAUGGAAGGCGACGAAAUAUCCCACACUCUCAUACACACUCUUUCUCUCUCUUCAACGUCUCGUGAAUUGUGAUAAAUUUUUUGUCAAGGUUUUUCGUAGUGAUUGGUAUGAUUGGUGAUGAAGAUGAAGAAAUCGUUUCGAGAAUCUGUUAAAGCUCUUGAAGCUGAUAUUCAGCACGCUAAUACUCUUGCUUCAGGGUACAGAAGACAGCCUGAUGGCGCUUGCUUCCAGAUGAGACUAUCCUAUGGCCCAGCAGCUCACUUAUUUCUUUUCCUUGUUCAGUGGACUGACUGUUAUCUUGCUGGUGCCCUAGGGCUACUCAGAAUUCUAAUUUUUAUGACUUAUGAAGAUGGGGAAACCACGAUGUCUGUCCAUGAAAAGAAAGCAAGCAUUCGACAGUUUUACGGUGUGAUUUUCCCUUCCCUGCUGCAACUGGAAAAAGGGAUUACAGAAUUGGACGAUAGAAAACAAAAGGAAGUCUGUGCCCAGAAGUAUAGAAGAGCAGAUACGUGUGAGAAGCCUGAAUCAAUGGAGCUAGAAGACGAGCUAGAAGCGGAGUGUGGCAUAUGCAUGGAAAAUAAUGACAAGGGUGUGCUCCCUAAUUGCAACCACUCUCUGUGUUUCAAGUGUUACAAAGACUGGUCUAUUCGGUCUCAGUCUUGCCCUUUCUGUCGAGAUUGUCUAAGAGGAGUCAAGUCAGGUGACCUUUGGAUUUUCAUAGGCGACCGUGAUGUUGUUGAUUUAUCAGUUAUCAUGAGGGAGAAUUUAAACCGGCUGUUCAUUUAUUUAGAUAAGUUACCUCUCGUGGAUCCAUAUCCUGGGUCUACAUCCUAUGAUUGGCACAUUUAAUUAUCAUGCUUAUUGGAAGUUUCUAAUGUACAGUUAAUUCAAUAUAUAAUCUAAUAGAUAGCAAUUUUGUGUUUCUUACAUUCUCAUUUUGUCUGUCUUUUGCUUGGUUUUACAUGAAGUUCUUAUUUUCUAUGAUUGUCAGAUUAAAGCUAAUUGGUGGAUGGAAUUUUGAUCAAGUUCUUGCAAGUGAUUCAAUGUAGAGGGGAAAAAUUGACUUAAUAAAAACAUUAACCAAAGACUCUCUUUUGAUAUAGCAAUGGAUGCAAGGAAGACACUAGAACCAAAAGCUGCAUCCUGUGUUCCCAUGUAGUGUGAUGGAUCAAACGUGCUGUGAACGAAGGUGGUGGAGGUAUGCUUAGUUUUUGUUGAUCAAUAUAUCAUUCAUUGAUGUUAUAGUAGGCUCAAAGAUUAUUAGAAUAUACAAGGGAAACAUGAUAUAAUAGGAUGCAAUGUAAAUUGUUUGACUGAAUGAUUAGAUAUAAUAGGAUGCAAUGUAAAUUGUUUGACUGAAUGAUUAAUUAACAGAUGGAAUGAGGUUCCUUAUAAUUAGUUAACUUUUUGAUGUGUUUGAAACCUAUACUAUGCUUAAUGAGUUUUUCCACCAGUUAAAGGAGCGAACUCUGUAUUAGUUAUGUCAGGACUGCACUUCUUGCUGUAAAUGCUUAAACUGAUAAAUUGAGCAGCAAGUAUUAAGAGAAAUAACUCAGAAAACAGUUAAAGCUGAACGCGUAUGAUCAGGCCUGAUAUCCUCGGUUGGAUUUCCUAGCCGUGGCCUGGAUCAGACCACCAGCUAUGAAAAAACUAUAAAGAUAUCUACUCUUUUUCUAUAGCCAUAAUCAGGUAUGGCAGAGAUAAAUUAUAAAAUCACACUUCUGUCAUACUGCCAUAGGUAGGAGCCUCAGGCUCUUAAUACCAAAUUCAUGUUAUUACUAUGACUUAUAUAGUUAUAUACAUAAGAAUUUUAUUCUAGGACAAGAUGCAGUUAUUUCUCGUCUAUGUUUACAUUAAGAGUAUUUAUGAUCUCAAAAUAUUUGUCUAGGGGAAUUUUUUUGUUCUUUUUCCCAUAGUUACAGUAUACACCCAAUUAUCUGCAUGUUUAACAAUCUUCUCUGCAGGGUGGGUAUUGCUUCAACUCUCAAUUAAGCUCGAUUAUAUAGAAUAACCUCUUUUAUCUGCAAGUUUUUCAUCAUUAUCAUCGGCUAUUAGCACUUGAUUCUUGUAAAUCUCUCCCACCAUAACGUCUACUUCUUUGCUGGUACGACAUCAAGGCCUCUAUAAACUCCUCUUCUCCAAAAUCAGGCCAAAGAGCCCUCACAAAAAACAGCUCAGUGUAAGCCAGUUGCCAAAGCAAGAAGUUACUGACCCUCAGCUCACCACUAGUUCUUAUGAGCAGGUCAGGGUAAGGAUACUCAGUACAGUUAGUUUCGAGUUCUUGUUCAAUCAACCCUUCAUCAAUCUCUUCCACUUCCACAGCACCGUCUUUCACUUUCUGAGAGAUGUUCUUACACGCUUGUAUGAUGUCGUAUUUCCCACUAUAGCUAACUGCAACAAUUAGUUGGAAGUUUGUAUAAUCUUUAGUUGGAAGUUUGUAUAAUCUUUUGUGGUCUCUUCUGCAUCAGCUAUCAAUUUUUGUAAGGAUUUGGGCAGCUUGGAAGUGUCUCCAAUUACUGAUAUCCUGAUACCUUGCCUGUUCAACCAAAUAUUAUUAGCCAACCAAAGUCUUAUCUGAUUCAUAUUAUUUUCCUUUUUCGUGGUUGAUCUUAAAUUUCAAUAAAAUUCAGCACUAGUAGUCUCUAUCUAUAAUCGCGAAGGUGAUGAUGACUUUGACAAUGCACAAUGGUGACAAUGAUUGGAAGUGGCUAGACCGUCGAGAGUCGAGGCUCAAGAGAGCAAAGAAAGUUCUAGUAGUAUGUCAUUUAGAUGCUAAGACAAAAGGGUCUUAAUCCACAAGUCUUUGUAUUAGGUGAGAGCAAUUUAGGGCAGGUAAAAACCAAAAAAAAAAAAAAAAAAGACAACAUUUUUAAAAACUCUGAACUAAUAUAAUUAUUUGGUGAACCACAAUUUUUUUGAAGAUAAAAUGAGUUUUCUGCCCAAA